AAAGUCCAAAUUAUAUAGCCAUGGUCCAUGUGAACACAAAAAAACAACCGACGACUUCAACUACUCAUAAGCUUAUCAAACAAGAAAACAAAUAAACACGUAGCAAACUUAAAUUAAGCAACUCUACCCCUACCCACCGUUUUCAACCCCAUAUUAAUUCACCCAUUUCUAUUCUUUAUAAACCAAGCACCCCAUCCAUCCACACCAAACCCUCAUCUCCAAUAUUCAACAAAACCAAACACCAUGAACAAAUUCAACAUGGCAGACAUGUUAGGACACUUAGGUUCACUUCUAGCUAGUGUCAUGUUCGUUUGGGCCAUCAUCCAACAAUACUUCCCAUACAACGUCCGAAACUUUUUCGAAAAAUACUCUCAACGUUUCCUAACCCUCUUCUACCCUUACAUCCAAAUCACCUUCAACGAAUUCACCGGCGAGCGCUUCAAACGCAGCGAAGCCUACUCCGCCAUCGAAACCUACCUCGGCAAGACCACUUCAAUGCAAGCCAAACGACUCAAAGCCGACGUUAUCAAAAACAACACGCAACCACUCUCUUUAUCCAUGGACGAUCAUGAAGAAGUGGCGGAUGACUUUAACGGCGUCAAAGUUUACUGGUCUUCCGGUAAAAACAUACUCAAGACCCAGUCGUUUUCAUUUUACCCUACCACAGAUGAAAAAAGAUAUUACAAGUUAACCUUUCACAAACGCCAUCGUGAAAUGAUUCUCGGUGAAUACUUACAACAUGUUUUGAAAGAAGGUAGAGACAUUAAAGUGAAAACCCGAAUGAGAAAGCUUUACACUAACAACGGAUCUCAAUGGAGCCAUGUUGUGUUUGAGCAUCCAGCUUCGUUUCAAACCCUAGCUAUGGAUCCUGUGAUGAAACAGGAGAUAAUUGAUGAUUUGACAACCUUUAGUAACGGUGAAGAGUUUUAUAACCGAAUCGGUCGGGCAUGGAAGAGAGGUUACCUUCUUUACGGUCCACCAGGGACCGGUAAAUCCACCAUGAUCGCCGCCAUGGCGAAUUUCUUAUGCUACGAUAUAUACGACCUCGAACUCACAGCUGUCAAGGACAACACGGAGCUUAGAAGAUUGUUGAUAGAGACGUCGAGUAAGUCGAUUAUUGUGAUUGAAGAUAUCGAUUGUUCGAUGGAUCUUACCGGACAGAGGAAGAAAGAGGUGAAGGAAGAGGAGGAGGAGAGUGACCCGAAGAAACCGAUAAAGCCACCUGAGAAUGAAGGGAAAACUAGUAAGGUUACGUUAUCCGGUUUGUUGAAUUUUGUUGAUGGGUUGUGGUCAGCUUGUGGUGGAGAUAGAUUGAUUGUUUUUACUACUAAUCAUGUUGAGAAGCUGGAUCCUGCAUUGAUUAGGAGAGGCAGGAUGGAUAAGCAUAUUGAGUUGUCUUAUUGCGGGUUCGAGGCGUUUAAGGUAUUGGCGAAGAAUUAUUUAUGUAUCCAAACGCAUGACUUGUUUGAGAGGAUUAGUGAAUUGUUGGGAGAAGUUGAGAUGACUCCGGCGGAUGUGGCGGAGAAUUUGAUGCCGAAGACCAGCCCGCCGGAUACCGAAAGGUGCUUGAAGAGUUUGAUAGGAGCUCUGGAAGCUGCUAAAGCGGAGGCUGAACGGAAAAAGCUUGAGGAAGAAGAGGAAAAGAAGAAAGAGUUGCUGGCGGUAAAGGCGGGCGAGGUUAAGGUUGUGAAUAUGGUUGAAAACGGCGAGGCGAAGGUUGCGAAUUUGGUUGAAAACGGGUCGAAUGGAAGCGUGUAAGAGGUUGGUGGUGAUUGGAAUGAAGAAGACCGGUGCCGGAACUUGAUGUCCGGCAUGUUUAUGAGGAUUUGCCCCAAAUGGGAGAAUGGGGUUUGGAUAAGGUCAACGGUUAGUUGGUGUUCAUUGUUUGAUCAAAAUACUUUUGGUUACUCAAGUUCCAAUUAUUCAGUAAUAGUCCUUUAUUUAUUUGGUUUAGAAUUUUCAAAGUAGAAUAAAUGCAGGUGACUUUGUAAGUUUUGAUGGAAAUAUGAUGUUUACCCUACAUAGAUUUGGCAUAAAGUUUUAGAAUAUGUUAUAUCUACGCUUAUUUUGAAAUUAUAUGUAAAAAUAAUAUGUAUAUUUAUGCCGCUCUAUGGUUACGCUA